AUGGCCGACGCUGAAUUGGAGGAGAUCAGACGCGCUCGUCUUGCGCAACUCCAGCAACAACAGGGUGCUGCCCCGCGAGGAGGGGGUCCCGACAGCCAGGACGACCAGAGAAAACAAGCUGAAACCGAGCGUCGCUCCGCUAUUCUCACCCAGAUCCUCGAGCCCGAGGCCGCCGACCGCCUCGGCCGCAUUCGCCUCGUCAAGGAAUCCCGCGCGGUGGACAUCGAAAACCGACUCAUUAUGCUGGCGCAAACGGGCCAGCUGCGCCAGAAGGUCAACGAGGAUCAGCUCAAGCAGCUGCUGAACGCCGUUGCCGAGAACCAAAGGAAGGACGAGGAGGAACACAAGAUUGUGAUCAGCCGGCGCAAAGGUGGAUGGGAUGAUGACGAUGAUCUUCUGGAUCUGUGA